CCACCGUUGGAGGCGACAGAGAGAGGAGAGGAAAGAAAAGGGCAAGGAAGGGACCUGUAAUAAAUUCUGCCUCGCACUCUUGGCGCGAAUCCGAUUUAAAGAGAACAAAAACAGCUCAUUUUUCAUUGACGUUUUAAUCAAAUUUGCGCUUUGCCGCCGCCUCUCCCACAGCCGCCGCUCGGUGCUAAUAGCCAGCUAGCCUCGUUAGCACACUAUCUAUCAUUGUCAUAUUAAUCUGGCCCCUUCUCUGUGUCUGGCGAUACUAAUAACUCAGCAGCAGUGAACCACGGGGACAAUAGAGGUGUGUUUCUCCAGGGGAUCGCACACAUACAGCUGCAACAUGGGGAGAAAGUCCAACAGAGCAAAGGAGAAGAAAGCCCGGCGCCAAGAAGAGAGGGCAGCUAUGGAUGCCGUGUGUGCCAAGGUGGAAGCAGCCAAUAAGCUUGAUGAUCCACUGGCUGCCUUCCCAGCCUUCAAAAAAUACGACAGAAACGGGCUGAACCUGCAGAUAGAGUGUAAGAGAGUGACCACCCUGAACCCGCUGUCUGUGGAGUGGGCCUUCGAACUCACCAGAGCCAACAUGCAGACACUGUACGAGCAGAGCGAGUGGGGCUGGAAGGAGCGGGAAAAGAGGGAUGAGAUGAACGACGAGAGGGCGUGGUACCUCCUGGCCCGCGACGGAGACUCCGCCCCUGUGGCCUUCUCUCACUUCCGAUUUGACGUGGAGUGUGGGGAGGAGGUUUUAUAUUGCUACGAGGUGCAGUUAGAGAGCAGAGUGCGGAGGAAAGGACUCGGAAAGUUCCUCAUCCAGAUACUACAGCUCAUCGCUAACAGUACACAGAUGAAGAAAGUGAUGUUGACAGUUUUCAAACACAACCAUGGAGCGUACCAGUUCUUCAGAGAAGCUUUACAGUUUGAUAUGGACGAGACUUCGCCGAGCAUGUCCGGUUGCUGCGGCGACGACUGCUCUUACGAGAUCCUCAGCCGGCGGACCAAACACGGCGAGGCCGUGGCGGGACACACCCACGGGGGCGGGCACUGCGGGGGCUGCUGCCACUGAUCCCGCAUCAGCUCCAUCCUUCUCUCCGAUUGGUUAAAAGCCAGCAACUUUCAUUGGCUGUGUGUGAAAGCUCGAGCUGCUACUCUGCGAGCGUUUUCAGUUUGUUAAAAACGAACCGAUGGUGCAAUGUCUGGCUUCAGAUAUUGUUGUCGCAUUAUGGAUUGAGAUUUUGUUGUUGUUGUGUAUUCCUGCUACUAAAGGAGUAUGCAGUGUGAGCUUUCACACAUAGCUCCUUUCUCUCUUUCUUAUUCUUGGUUUAAAGUCCAAGCUUUUCUCAUUCUCUCCCAGUUAAUGACAAUUAGUAGUUCACGAACAAAUCUAUGAAUCCCAUCCUCACCUCCUCACGUGCUGUACUGUCUUCAAUCAUUUUGCAGUGUUACUUCAACUCUGGCCUAAGGCUGUAUUACAGAAACCGAUCUUACAGUACUUCUUUCUAAACAAAUCAUGUCCACACGCAAACAAACUUGAAUUUCAAGCAGAUAUAGAGUUGGUCAGUUUCUGUUAUACAGCCCAGGAUUUAUUUGGGACCCCUACAAGCUUCUUUCACUGAACCAGGGUUCAAGGAUUAGGCUGGAUGUGCUCAUUUGAGUCCCAGAAAAACAGUCUGAUCUACAAUGCUUUACUGUAAACCCAUCUGAUUAGGUAACAAAGCACUGCAGCUAGCAGCAACUGCCCACUAUUACACCAGAUACAAAUACACUUUUAGCACCACUCGGCUUCUCCAUUCAGUUGAUGCUUUUUUUUAAACUUACGCCACAAUAUCUCCAAGAUUGCCCUUUCCUUCAUUUUCAUUCUUCCCAAUAAUCCCAAAUAUCAUCCCAGUAUGCUCAUUCAGAUGUUCAACUUGCUUUGCUCAAGACAUCGCUCUCAUUUUGAGUUUUCUUUUUCCACCAUGUGUUGUCCUGUGCUUCACUUCUGUAAAUUCCAUCCUUCUUUACGAUGUUUCCGCCUCCGUUGCAUCACUCCAGCUCGCCUCUUCGUUCACUCUGUUUCUUAGAGGUGUUGAUGAUAAACAAGUUGAUGUUGACGCUACCUUUUUAGCCGUAUUUAAAAAAAUAAUACUAAAACAGUCCUCCAUCCCUUCUCUUAAAUAUUUUGUUAGCAUGAGCAAAUCAUAUUGAUUUACAUGGAUGAGGAUUGGUAGAAGUCACCGUUUCCUAACGUGGCCUCUGAAGCUGUUAGGGUCAAAGAUUGGCUCAUAGAAUUAAUUUCAGAACACUGAAAGAGUUUUUAACGGCCAUUAUUCCUCUUCGUCUCCUCAGUCAUCACGGCAUUUAAAAUAGUUAGUAAUCAUGAUAAAUCAACAGCCAUGCUGCUUCUGUGAGUGUGUCGUUGGCAUUUCUUUAAUAUUUCCUACAAAUCUUCCAUUCACAUCAGUGCAUGUUGGAAGAAUGAGAUUGGAGCAAUUGUCUGAAAUUUAUAAAGUUAAGGCGUGGAUUUUUUUUCCAUUAUCGAUCAAUCUGACCAUUACUUUCUAGAUUAAACUCUAAAAAUGUCCAUGCUGGAUUUGCAAAUUAAUGCUUCUGCUCAGAUUCUUUAUUGAUUUCAGAUAUAAAAUAGGCAGUUCAUCGAGAAAGGCUUCUAUCUGUUUGAUUUCAUAUCUGUUUACAAAGCAGUCAGGGUAUUUUUGGACAGAUUUAAAUGCUGGUCGGCUGAGUUUUAAGCCCCAUCUAGAAACCAUCACUAAACUAUUUAAUUCCAUGACUGUAGUCAGUUUUGACUUGUGGGCUGGAGGUGUAAAAAUGUACAUCUUAACACUACUGUGGGUGUAAAGGUCUAUCUGGUCUGGCCGUGAAGGGCUUCAAAUGGUACGUUUUUGAGAAGUUUUUUUAAAACGGGUCAUAUCAAGGCUCAACUUGAGAUUCCUUAUCGAUUAAUGCCUGGUGAAAGUGUGAAGCAGGGGAGACUGAAAUGUGAAGUUAACGGACACUUUCUUAAAUUUAGAUACUGAAAUAUUUUCCGUUACAUGAACAAACGUGUUAUUUAUCACCAAAAACUCCUGGGGUGAGAGUUUCGAGUUGUUUCCAGACUACGACAUAUUGGUGUGUCAUGCUUGUUUUUAUCAUGAACAACAAAAAUGAUUAAACAACAUAUUGCUUGUUUUAGACUACCUUCUGAUAAAGUCAUUUUUUUUACUGCAUAGGUUACAAAAAAGAGGAUGGUGUACAUAGUGGUAGUGAAUCAACCGACUGACAGUCUCUCUCAGGUUAAUCAAACGUAAUGGAACCUCAUCUGUUUUAUUUAACAGCCGCAGAUUCGCUGGAUGUGAUUUGCCACAGCUCUGAUCUGGAGUCAGUUUUUCUUUGUGUUUCAUGCCAUAGUAUUUAAAGAAACUGAUCCGAAGAAUGUGAUAACACAACUUCAAGGAGUUUAAUGAUGUGUUACAGUGAAAGGAAAAAGCUCAAAUGCCUUGGAAAUGUGAAAAUGAAUGACAAAAAGUUUGAACUGACUGUCGAUCAGUGCUCAGUAACAUUAAAUCCAGAUAGGCGGGCUGUCUUUAAAAAAAAAAAAAAAAAGAAGAAAAGGCUCAAUUAAAGUCAAAAUAUCUUAAGUAGGUAAAUGAGCCUGAACUUAACCAGUUUAGUUUAAGUCAGUGAGUAUUUUUAUUUUAGAAAAUGGUUACAUACCCUCACAAAAUCCCAGGUCCUUCUGUUUUUUCUCUGUGUCUGUGUGUAUAUAAGCUGUUGUGGAUCCAUCUUCAUAUUCAUUUCUUGCCUUUUACACGUAAAACACUUUUUAAACAUGUUAAAAAGUAAGACUCCAUGUUUGAGAGUGAGCGUUACAGUCCUGUCCAUAAACGACAAUGAAAGGGAAAACUAAGUCAUUCUGCCUUGUCAGUGUUUUAUUUGUAUGUUACAAAUAAAGGAAAGUUGUUUGACUUUUCACGAGA